AUGGCGGUCUCGAUCUCCAAAGUCUCUUUUGAACACCAUCCCAUCGCACUUGGAAUUGGUGAAGAGAAGCCACGUAUCUCCUGGCGCUUCGAUGGCCUAGAGCAAAACUGGACUCAGAAUGCGUACCAGAUCGAGGUCCAACGCCAGGGUUCAUCCAGCAUUCACGGCUUCGAGUCCUCUGACUCUCUCUUUGUGCCGUGGCCACAGCCGCCCCUCGCAUCAGCCGAAAGGGCUGGUGUUCGAGUGCAAGCCUUCGGUGGUGUAGGAAAUUCGUCAACUCCGUGGUCUGAUUGGGUUACCGUCGAAACCGGCCUCUUGACCCAGAAAGAUUGGUCUAGCGCGGUUCCCAUCGCUGCCGAUCGAGAAACUGAGGUCGACGGACCCAAGAGACCAAUCUACUUUCGAAAGUCAUUCAGUCUCAGUAACGCAACUAGAUCCAAGAUCAAGUCCGCGCGACUCUACAUCACCGCUCUUGGUCUUUACGAAGCUGAAAUCAACGGAAGGCGCGUUGGUGAUCAUGUCAUGGCACCGGGAUGGACUUCGUACAACUUCCGCCACGUCUACAACACCUACGAUGUGACCGACCUACUGAAGCCAGGCCAGAAUGGCAUCGGUGUACUGGUUGGCGAAGGCUGGUUCUCUGGCAUUCUGACCGCUGCGGGGAACUACCGCAACAACUAUGGCGAUACUCUAGGCGUCCUAUCUCUGCUUACCGUAACGCUUGCCGACGGGACCAAUAUCAAAGUGGCCACCGAUGAUAGCUGGCAGGCUAACGAAGGGCCUCUGACCAGUUCAGAGAUUUACAACGGUGAGAUCUAUGACGCGCGGCUUGAGGGCAAGAUCCGCGGCUGGUCAACUGGACAGUUCAAUGGCAGCAACUGGCUGGCAACGAAGGAACUCUCUCCUUUGAAGGGCAAGCUUAUGCCUUUGGAUGGACCACCAAUCAGAAAGGUGCAGAACAUCUCUCCCAAGCAGGUAUUUUCGUCACCGUCUGGGAAGACGUUGGUGGAUUUUGGACAGAACCUGGCAGGAUGGGUCAAGCUGUCAAUCAAAGGACCCGCAUUCUCGGAGAAGACCAACAUCACCCUCCACCACGCCGAAGUCUUGGAAAACGGUGAGCUCGCCCUUCGACCGCUUAGACGCGCCAAAGCUACCGAUACUCUGAUUCUUGACGGCAAUGUCAAUCAGACCCGGAUCUGGGAGCCUCGAUUUACGUAUCAUGGCUUCAGAUACGUUCAAGUAGAUGGAUGGCCCGCAGAAGUUCCUCUUGGUGAACACACCAUCCAGGCAGUUGUCGUUCACAGCGACAUGGAGCGCACGGGCUGGUUCGAGUGCUCUGAUGGGCUAUUGAAUCAGUUCCACGAGAACGUCGUCUGGUCCACCAAGGGGAAUUUCUUCGGCAUUCCGACCGAUUGUCCCCAAAGAGACGAGCGUCUCGGCUGGACUGGUGAUGCUCAUGCCUUUGCACCAACAGCCAACUACCUCUUCGACACUUCCGGCUUCUGGAGAGGGUGGCACCGAGACAUCUGGUCUGAGAUGCAGAGACAGGACACCAUGUACGUCCCAUUUUUCGUCCCGGUUAUUCCACCGGAGAUAGACACCAAAGCGUGGAAUCCUUCGAGGCCCUCAGCGUUGUGGGGCGAUGUUGCCGUUGCUGGGCCUUUCAACCUCUACCAAGCAUACGGCGACCUCGGAAUGCUGCGAGAGCAAUACAACCAAUCCCAAGCAUGGAUGGAUAAGGGAAUUCCUCGAGACUCUCAAGGACUCUGGGCAAAAAACUCUUACCAAUUCGGAGACUGGCUGGAUCCCAAGGCCCCAGCCAGCAAUCCCGAGAGAGCGACUACCAACAAGUAUUUGGUAGCGGACGCAUACUUGAUCAGAAUGACGGAGCUGAUAAGCAUUAUAUCGACGGCAUUGGGACUCGACAAUAAGGCUGAGGCAUACAAGACACAACGCCUGGAGCUCAUCGAAAGCUUUCGGGAGACUUGGAUGUCGAAUGGCACAAUGCCCAAUCGGACGCAGACUGCGUACGCGCUUGGUCUCGACUUCGGAAUCUUCAAUGAAGAACAGCACAACAGUGCCGUCAGCACUUUGAAGAGCCUAGUCGCCGAGAAUAACUAUCUUCUAUGA